UAAGACUUUAUUCAAUAACAGCUUAGUGUGUUGUGUUAUUACAAAUCGUUUGCUUCACGCUCCAACCAAAACCUCAACCAAGCCUAAAAACAUAAACCUUAAAUCUGAAAGUGGUGUCUUAUAAAUAGUUAAUAGUAGUUAUCUUUUUCAAAUGAUGAUCUCUUCUCCAUACAAACAAAGCUAAUCAGAAUUCUAUAUUAAGUGUUAAAAGAUUAGAUAUAGCUAAGUCAGGUUUUAGGUUGUUGAAACAGCCGCGACCAAUUUGGACAGCUCAAAUUUGGCUUUGUUCUCACCAGCCUUCUCCUCUUUAUAUAUAUAUAUCUCCCUUGCGUCUUAACGUUGACACCACUACAGAGGCAGAGGAGCAACAAACAAAAUGUCUGACUCCAUUUUGGAAAAAGCAACCUCUGCUCUCAGUGAAGCCGCCAAAACCGAUGUCUUCAAGGAUGCAGUGGACAAUGUUGUCUCAAGAGGCAUUGAAGGAGGCAAAUCCCUGCUGCACAAUUUGGAGGAGAAGAAAGGUGAAGUCUCCUCCAAGAUCGUUGGAGCUGUUUCACAGUUUACCGGUGGUGGCGCCUACUCCUCAGCCACAACCGCAGACCGUGACUUACCAGUUUCAACAGACAAUCAGCCACUCCUAGCGUCCAGAGAGACGGCAACGCCAUGGUGGAAGAGCUGCUGUGAAAUUCUAGAUCUUCUCAAGGCAUCAUCAUCCUCAUCAUCUAACUAGAUGAAGAUCAUCACCAAACAGAGACAGAUCACACCCAGUUUUUUCAAAUUGUGUUUCAUAUCAUUUCUUAUAUAAUUCCUCUGCUUAACCCUCUGGUUAUUUUUUCAAUCUCUUUGAUUGUUGCCGAG